CACGUGGCUUUAUUGGCAGGAAGUGGAAACAAUAGGUUAGCAGCCAACAGUGCUAUCCGCCUGUAGAUAUAGUUGUUGUAUGAGACAAGUUCCGGUAGUUAAUCAUCAGAAGCAUUUCGUUUGUAAAUCUGAAAUGUCAUAUAAUGUGGUAUCCUUUUAGCGCUGGCGUUUCCCGGAAGUUAAUAGGGAGAUCUGUGUGGGAUGGAAAAGCAGGCUGAUAUCUGAUCUGUUCCCGGUCUGCCUCUCUGUACUUUGACACAAUGCCAUGGGGAACUGCUGGACUCAGUGUACUGGGAUAUUCUGGAGGGAGGCGAACCGGAUCCAAAGAGGAGGAGGCUCAAAAUAUUUCAGAAGUAGCACAACUGGAGAACACUAUACAAUAGAGUUUGAGAACCUUGUGGAAAGUGAUGAGGGUGAAAGUUCCCAGAGUUGUGCCAGGCCCAUUAGUGAGGAGGAGAUUGGCCAUCUGAAGGGUCUGCACUAUGCUGCUAUUGCCGAUAAGCAGACACUGAUCGAUGAGAAGCUGAAAGCUGAGUUAGUGGCACAAGAGGAGAAGUUAAGGCUAGAAGAGGAGGCUAUAGUCGCAGCUCAGCGCGAGGCUGCGAGACUCGCGAAGGAGCGCAAACUAAAGGAGCAGCUUGCACAGAAGAAAAGCGAGGCAGAGGGCAACGGCUCACAUCGCAAACAGCCAUCGGGUGGAGAGUUUGAAGCGUACAUGCAGAGUGCGAAGGCGCAGUCAGAGGCAUUCCGUAGCAGCCGACUUUCCUCUGAGACAAAUUUAGUGACUCCUAAUACAGAGAGCAGCUGGGACUUCACUUGCAGAACUCGCUCCACUAAUGAUGAUGCCACCUCGCUGGACCUUGAGUGGGAGGAUGAGGAGGGUAUGAAUCGGACGGGUGCUGCAUGGGAGCGCUCUAAGACAGAGGAGGACAUCCUGCGAGCUGCACUCCGUCCUGCCGGGAAACAGUUGGGAAGUGGGCCGGCUUCUGCUUCAGAGGACUCCAACGCUCUCGAAUGGGAGAACGACUUCGUCAGUGCUCAUGCUGAAGACAGUAGUGAGCAAUGUGACGAGGAAUUCGAUGGAUUUGUUAAUCCAGUACUGGACACUCCAUCUGAGGCAGAGCCUAAUACUGACCAGCAGGACAGAUAAUCCUUGGCAAGAACAUGGGUGUUAAUUGACUAGCUCUAUUCUGUGUACAUUUAUAAUUUAGCCUUAUUUAACACUGGUGUUUGAAUCAAGUGCAAUUUUGAAACUGGUGAACGGUUUUGAGGGACCCCCACACCCCCCCCCCACCCCCAAACAGAACGAGAUCAUGACCGCAAUGGUAUACUAGGCCUACCUCAUUAGAAUCAAGUAGGGGUACAGAAAUGCUAAAUUUUUUUUAUUUUUUUCUUGCAUAAUAGGCUGGUGUUUGUUUGAGCCAACCACUCAGCACUAAGCUGUUUUUUUCCACUUUUUAGCAACGUGGAACCUGUAGGCUAAAGAUACAUUUAGGGGAAAAAUCCUCCCUUUGUCCAGUAUCAAUUUUCCAUCAUCCUCAUUGUUCACAUAUAAAUCAUGUAUAGCUAAAACAACAACAACAAAAAAAGAAACACAGGCUGUAAAUGUAUAGUUGCAACUUAAAAAAAAAAAUCCUCAUGAACACCGUGUGUGAGAAAAUGUAAUGCAUACACAAGUGCUUUUAAAGUGUGCUUUUAAAUGUACACAGGCAACAGCUUUAAGUCGCUGGAUUUGUCUUUAUACCAAAUUCUGCCUGGUUAAUGCAAUUCGUAAGUAUGUUUUAGAUGUACAUGUAGUUCCAUGCCCUAAACUACAAAUGAAUUCAAUAAAAUUUGUUAUUUCCAAAUAAGUUUACAAGCCAGAAUGCACUGAAUCACUCAAUAACAAUGAAAAGAAAAAAAAAAACUGCCAUUAUUAUUUUACAUAUUGGUACAAUAUCUGCACAUGUAAGUUAAAAAGUGGAAUGCAAUUAAUUCUGUUAUUCCUUUGUAGCAACUGUGUUUGGCCACUUAUAUGAAUAUCCAUAUUAAAAAAUGACCAUAUUUUAAUUUUAAACGUUUAAACGAUUUUGUGCCUUUUUUGUGACACUGUAGCUCACGGCACAGUCCCCAAAAUUCACGUUCAGUUAAGAGUGAAUUUAGCUUUAAUGGUUUUUGGACUAAUGAAAGGUUUAGUAUGUCUGUCACCAAACCUUACCAUAGCUGAUUUUUUUUUUUUAUCAGGAAAAAAAAAAAAUCUUCUUUUGGAGCAUUCCAAACUCUUAAAUGUGAAAAUCUCAUUGAAUUGCACAUCUGCACAUUUGUUCAUCUACUUAAGGGUUGUUGCGAAUAAAGGAGCACAUUUUCUAUCUUAUCUGCAAAUCUCACUGAUUGCAACAGGACAAAAGAACAAACAAGACAUACCUGUAGUUUGGGAAAAUUGUUUCUCUUGAAAUUUGACUGCUAAUAAAUGAAUCAGAUCUGAAA